UAUUAAAUUAAGUACAAGUUGCUACUUUUAAUUCCAAGUUAAAUUUCUAACAAAUUGAGAAUAUAUAACGAUUAUUGGAUAAGUGACUAUCUAUAUGGCGAUAGUUGGAUGAUAACGAAAAAUUGUAAUAAUAUGCGAAGAAUUGAUAUGUGACUUUUAAUAAACAUAUCGAAUGUACUGGGAACAUUAAUGUUGGAGAAAUUUUAUCAAAAUUUAUUUAAAAAUAUUAUUCAACGAUAUUCAAUAGAUUGAAAUGGAUACUAUUACUUACGAGGAUCCCCAUUCUGAUUACAGACGAACCGAACGACAAGAAAUGUUGAUAGCUCCCCCAUUGGACUUGUCCUUUAAAAAUGCAACUACGCUGAAUGAAUUAGCAGGUAAACGACCACAGGCUGUACGAACGGGUAAAGUUCCAAUGCGAACAUCUGCAGAUCGUUUUAUGACAUGUUCGUUAUGGUUAAGCAAUAAUUUAUUAACUUCAAUGGACGGAUUCGAAGACCUUGUACGCAAACUUCUCGAUGAUCCUAAGCUCCUUAGUUGGGUUGAUCUUUCAUUUAACGAAAUAAGCAGCAUUGGUGACGAUAUUGUACACUUUCCGAAUUUGAAAAUUUUGUACUUACAUGGAAACAAAAUUUCGGACAUCAAUGACAUUAUAAAACUAAAAGGUUUACAUAAUCUUAGAUGUUUAUCACUGCAUGGAAAUCCUGUCGAAAAUAUUCCGGGGUAUAGGGGAUAUAUCGUUCAUAUCCUUCCACAAUUAGUAACAAUAGACUUUUCACAAGUAAUCUCGAAUGAAAGGAAAAAAGCUACACCGGUCGGAUUUUAUAAAAUGAUACAAAGUGAUACAUGAAUAUAAAACUUUAUUUUCAA